UGCUUAUUAAGUAGAGACACACACUUGGAGGAACUUGCCCACGACCGCCCAGCGCGAAAUUGGGAAAUUUCAUGCAUUUAUACUAUUCGUGAGUUGUUUCGUGCGAAAAUUAUUAGAAUACCGGUUGAUUUAGAAGGUCUGAAAAUUUUUGGGGUACAGAAGAAUGGCGGAGAAGGUUCAGUACUACUUGGAACGCAGUGUUCCUGAAUUGGAAGACUUGUUGGAAAAGAAAAUUUUCAACCAAGAAGAAAUUAAUAGCAUUGUAAAGUCCAGAAGAGAAUACGAAGGAAAGCUUUCAAGACGGCAAGUGAAAUUAACAGACUUUUUGAGUUACAUUCAGUAUGAAAUGACUCUGGAGGCACUCCGGAAAAAGCGUCAUAAACGAUUACAGAUUAAGGGAAAAACGACUGUCAGUGAUUAUGCAGGUGUUCGGAAGGUCUUGUAUUUGUUUUUGAGAGCAACCAACAAAUUUUUCGGUGAUUCUACCUUAUGGUUGGAUUAUAUCCAAUACGCAAAGUCUAUUCAUGCGUCCCAUAUCGUUGGUAAAAUUUGCGCUGCAGCUAUACAAAAGCAUCCAAACAACAUUCAUUUAUGGCUCGUAGCAUGUGACAACGAGUUUACUGAAAAUGCAAACAUGCCAGCUGCCCGCUCGUUGAUGCAUAGAGCAUUAAGAUUAAACAAGGAGAGCUCCGUUCUUUGGGCCUCUUAUUUCCGUCUUGAAUUGGCAUAUAUGGUGAAGUUGCAUUAUCGUACUGAAAUUCUCUUGGCUGCUAAUACAGAAAAAGAAAAGGCAACCUCAUCGACACCUUCCGGUGAUACUUUGGAUAGCGAUCAUAUACAGCUUCCUUCUAUAUCCAUGGAAGAAUAUUUGGCAAAUGAAAAUGACACGGCCAGCGGUGUUAAUGAAAAGGUGACUUCGGCGAUGAAUGCCGAAGUUUCUACGAACGACGCUGAGCAAGUGGAAAAGUACGCCAAUGUUCUUUACACGAUAUAUUCUACUGCUUUAGAAAGCCUUUCUAAACGAGAAAGUGCUGAAUUUCUCGUCGCUGUUCUUGACUUUUUAUUCGAAUGCGCUAGCGUUCCUGUAGCAAGAUAUCUGUUAUCUGAAAAAAUGCCCGAAAUUCUUGAAAAUGCCCUUAAAGAUCUCAAGGCCGAAGGAGGGGCUGCCUAUGGCGCCCUAGUACAUCGCUGGAGUGUAUACUCAAUUUUCUGUAAAUUCCAUGGAAUUUUCCCAGACCGUGCAUCGUUAUUACCUUCUAUGGGUGUUUUUGCUUCUUCGGCUCCUAAUCUUGAUCUUAUUUCUCGAGUGGUUCAGGACUCUGAAUUUAUCCAUGACUUAGAAUUGUCAAUUCAAAAGUAUCAAGCCGUCGUUUCCGAUUUGGCCCUUUCUUCAAGCUCAAGACAAGAGUUCUACAAGUUAUACAUCCAAACUACUUAUGAAAUCUCUUCACUUUCUGUCACCGAAAGCUCCGUUAGUCUUGCAUUAAAUAUGUUAACAAACAAUGCGUUUGAAAAGUUGAAGGAGCAACCACUUUUCAAGUUUGAUGAUAAUCUACAAAGACUUUAUGAAGAAAUUCAAAUCCGAAAUGGUGCUUUGGCGGAAAUUGCAGCUUAAAAAGGGUUAUUUCUUACGUAACAUAAAAUGGGGUUUUUUGGUUCACUGUCUGGCGAGUUGAAUAGUACUAGGCAUACACUGUUCAUCUCAAAAAGUAUAGGUUCUGGUUUGGUUAAGAAU